AUGGAGGACCUUAAUUCUAGUGGAGUGGUAAAGAAUGACAUGCUUUAUAAUUCUUUCCUAUUAGAUUUCUCCUCUCUUUCCUUUCGAAUUGAAACCGAAGCGACAGUUGGUCAUUUGAUUCUAAUGAUAUUGAUUGAACGCAGGCAACUCCCAAGGGUUCACCCUAAUUUAUGGAAACCAAGGAGUGGCUUAGAGCUGAUGAACAAUGACCUUCCCAGCACCAACCCUGAAGACUCUAUGUCCUGCUUUGAUUUGUCCAAGAAUGAAAAUAUCUUAUAUCAGCAACAGGAGGGGUGA